GCCUCAGCCUCCCUCGCCGCCCUGGUCAUGGCCCCCCAACCCCGAGCCGGCUGCAUCCCCUCCGAGAGGGAGCCCCACGACCGGCCUCCUCCCCGCCCCGGAGCCGGGCCCAGACGUGCGGAGAAUUUCCAGCAAGAAGGGACGGAUGAGGGCCCACGGGACGUGCCCCACGGCCUCGGGCUGGAAGGAUUUCCGCGAGGGAUUUCCUCGCCGAAGCAUCCCGAGAGCGACUUUCCCCAGUGGUCGGAGCAGCGACGAGACUGGGAGAGGGUGAGGGGGAGAGAGAAGCUGUGCGGGGAAUGGCUGCAGGGCGUCCGGGAGGGUAGGCCCGCACCCCAGCGCCUAGCUUUUGGAGAAACCAACUCCUACAGGUGCCCCGAGUGCGGAGAGGAUGCCCUCCGCCUUCCGGAUCUCAUUCGGCAUCAGGGCACCCACCCGGGAGAGAAACCCUACCGGUGCCCCGAGUGCGGGAAGGGUUUCCGGCGGGGCUCGGACCUGGUGAAGCACCACCGCACUCACACGGGGGAGAAACCGUACCCGUGCCCGGAGUGCGGGCGGCGCUUCAGCCUGAGCUCCAACCUGAUCCAGCACCGCAGGAGCCACACGGGCCACAAGCCCCACAAGUGCCCCGACUGCGGGGAGGGCUUUGGGCGCAGCUCGGACCUGGUGAAGCAUCGGCGGACCCACACCGGGGAGAAGCCCUACGCCUGCGGGGAGUGCGGGAAGAACUUCAGCGUGAGCUCCAACCUGAUCCAGCAUCAGCGGACCCACACCGGGGAGAAGCCGUACAAGUGCCCCGAGUGCGGGAAGUCCUUCGGCCUCAGCUCCAACCUCAUCCAGCACCGCCGAUCGCACAGCGGCGAGAAGCCCUACAAGUGCGGCUGGUGCGGGGACAGUUUCGGCCGGAGCUCCUACCUCCUCAAACACCAGCGGUCCCACACCGGGGAGAAACCGUACACCUGCCCCGACUGCGGGAAGGGCUUCACCAACAGUUCCGACUGCCUCCGCCACCGGAGGACCCACAACGGGGAGAAGCCCUACAAGUGCCCCGACUGCGGCCGGGCCUUCGGCGAGCGCUCCCAGUUCACCGACCAUCGGCGCACCCACACGGGGGAGAGGCCCUACGGGUGCCCCGACUGUGGGAAGAGCUUCUUUCACAGCUCCAAGCUCGUCAAACACCAGCGCUCUCACACGGGAGAGAAGCCUUACGGGUGUCCCGAGUGCGGGAAGAGCUUCGUGGACAGCUCCAAUCUCCUCCGGCACCAGAGGACCCACGUCGGGGAGAAACCGUUCGCGUGCGGGGACUGCGGGAAGCGGUUCAGCCAGAGCUCCCACCUCCUGAUCCACCGGGCGGCCCACUCCGGGGAGAGGCCCUACGUCUGCCUGGACUGCGGCAAGGCGUUCGCCCGGACCUCGAAUCUGAUCCAGCAUCAGAGGACUCACCGGGGAGAAAGGCCCCGUGAGGGCCCCGAGUACAGGAAGGACUUCGGGCUGGGUUCGGACUUUGUUCGGGACCUGGGGAAACCCACCGAGGCGGAAUUCCUUUAGCCCCUCUCCAACUCCCCUCUCCUCCACCUUUCCCUUUCUCGAGCAUCUCCAAACAAAGCCACCGAGGUCUCUUGGGACGCGGAAGCUGUGCCCGGGUGUCUGUCUCUGGGCUGUAAUGGGCGGCAGCGGAGCGGAGGGCAGGACGCGGUGGGGACCAUCUGCCUGAAAGGAAGAGGGGAAGUAGGCCUCGAGGUUCCGGAGCAGGUGGGAGAGACCUGUCCGGAGGUGGAGUUCUGGGGAGAUAGGGCACGGCCCCUAUAGACGUAUAGGGCAGCGUCAGGGCUGGGCUCAAAUUGGGGUGACUCUUGGGGGUAAAAAGCAGAAGUCUGUGGUGGCGGCGGAAAGGGUGGUAUGGAGCUGAGUGCCAAAGAGCAGCCUCCUGUGCCAAUCAGUCAAUCGGUAUUUAUUUUUCGGGCACCUACUGUGUGCAGGGCACCCCGCUUAGCGGUUGGGAGAUUACAACAGGUAGGAGCCACUCCACCAGGAGCGUAGAAUAUUUUGGAGGAGAUGCGCAAAUAGGAAGAAGUGCCCAGUGUGCGUAAAACGAUGCUAUACAAAAGUGCCAUGAGCUGAGAUGAGGCUGCGGCCCGGACAGAAGAGAAAUGAACCAGAGUAGGCCCAGGGGAGAUGGAUGGGGUCUGUCACAUGUGAACGAGGAAGGAGGUCGUCGGCAGGACCCGCCGAGAAAGCGAGCCUGGGAGGAGCGGGGAGUGUGAGCUGGGGUGAAGUGGGAGAGCGGGUGGGUGAGGGUGGAGUCUCCCGCCAGGAAGAGCGGCCCUAAAUCUUCCAGCCUGGGAACCUGCACGGAAGAACUGUGCAGCGUGAUUCGCCGGCUCCCUUCCGGCCAGUGGUGUCCCCACCGGGGCCCAGAGUGCAACGAGCAGGACGGUAUAGACACCUGUCUCCAUGUUUUUAUUUGUCGUCUGUCUCCCCCUUCUAGACUGUGAGCCCGUUGUUGGG